AUGAUGUUUAUUACUAUAUUGCUCUCAUUUAUAGUUAUUAUAGUGUAUAGUUAUUAUGCGCAUUACAGAAGAAAAAGACAACUUAUCGAACUUAUACCAGGACCACGGCCACUGGGUUAUUCGUUUAUUGGAAAUACAUUGCAAAUAUUGGGUUCACGUGAGGAACAAUUUAAAAAGCUAGUUAACUUUUUCGACCAGUACUAUCCCAUAUGCAAAAUUUGGUCAUUCUUUUAUGCUGUGAUCAUUCGUCAUCCAAAUGAUCUAGAGAUAAUAUUAACCCAUACACAACACAUUGAAAAAAGUAACAUUUACGAUAUUAUAAAACCUUGGCUCGGUACUGGUCUUGGCAUUAGUAAAGCCGCCAAGUGGCACUCACGGCGAAAAAUAUUAAAUUCCGCAUUUCAUUUUAACAUAUUGCAGCAGUUUCUUGACAUUCUGAUCGAGGAAAGUGAAAACAUGACAAAUUCCUUGAGAAAUACAGGAGAUACAGUUGUAAAUGACUUAUUAUCGUUUGUUAGUGAACAUACGCUGAAUGCAAUAUGUGAAACUGCUAUGGGUAUUUCUCUAAAAGAUCUUGGUGCACUCCAGCAACGAUAUCGAAAAGCGACUCAGCAGAUGAGCGAACUGUUUAUUUAUAGACUUUUUAGACCAUGGCUGCACUUCGAUUGGAUAUUCUCGUUGACACCAACAAGUAGAGAGCAAACGAAGAUUCUGAAGAUAUUACAUGGAUUUACUGAACGAAUUAUUGCCGAAAGAAGACUUUAUCAUGAACGCACUAAUGGUCAAUACUUAAAGGAAUUUAGCAAUGAUACGUUAGCAGAAAGAGAUGACGUCGAAACAAUUGGAACAAAAAGAAAGCGACUUGCAAUGUUGGAUCUUCUAAUAGCAGCAUCUUGCGACGGUCUCAUGACUGAUUUAGAUAUUAGGGAGGAAGUCGACACUUUUGUGGUUGCGGCUCAUGAUACCACAGCAAAAGCUAUAUGUUUUAUUUUGUUGUUAUUAGCGGAACAUAAGAACAUUCAGGAUCGUGCCAGGAACGAAAUUGAUACUGCUAUGCGACAGAAUGAGGAGAAAUUUACUAAGGAAUUGUUGCAACAACUAUCAUAUUUAGACAGAUGUAUAAAGGAAGCGUUACGUUUGUAUCCUAGUGUGCCUUUUAUAUCACGUGUUCUUGGAAAAGACGUAAAAUUACAGUCAUAUUUAGUGCGUGCUGGAACAACCACGUUUAUUAACAUUUAUGGUGUUCAUAGAGAUCCUAAUUUUUGGCCAAAUCCAGAUAUAUUUGAUCCAGAUAGAUUUUUGCCUGAAAACAUCCGAAAUCGUCAUCCUUAUUCAUACAUACCAUUCAGUGCUGGACCACGUAAUUGCAUCGGUCAACGAUUUGCUAUGCUUGAAAUGAAGGCGAUGAUAGCUUCUUUGAUACAUAAUUUUUACUUGGAGCCUGUUGAUUAUUUAAAAGAUCUACAGCUACAAGCUGAUAUUACUCUUUGCUCUACACAUCCACUUCGUGUAAAAUUUGUUCCUGUCUGUAAGCAACAAUUUAGUAGAUUAAUGAAGUUUUUUGAUGAGUACAAUCCUAUCUGCAGAAUGUGGUUAGUCUUCUUUUCUUUUGUGUCCAUCCGUCAUCCAGAUGAUAUAGAGGUAAUACUAAGCAGCAAAAAACACAAUGAAAAGAGUGUCGUUUAUGAUAUCGCAAAACCUUGGUUUGGUACUGGUCUUGUCACUAGUAAAGGCGAAAAGUGGCAUUCUCAUCGAAAAAUAUUAACUCCUACGUUUCAUUUUGAUAUAUUGAAGCAGUUUGUCAAUAUUUUGAUCGAGGCUGCUGAAGAUAUGACAAAUUCCUUGAAAAAUACAGAAGAAACAGUUGUAAAUGAUUUAGUAUCGUUUAUUAGUAAACACACCUUAAGUAUAAUAUGUGAAACUGCCAUGGGUAUUUCUCUAAAAAAUCUUGGUGCAUUCCGAGAACAGUACCAAGAAGCGAAUCACCAAAUGAGUGAACUUCUAACGUAUAGAUUUUUUAGACCAUGGUUGCAUUUUAAUUGGAUAUUCUCUUUGACGCCACAAGGCAGACAGCAAACAAAGGUUUUGAAGAUAUUACAUGGAUUUGCGGAACGCAUAAUUGCUGAAAGAAAACUUUAUCAUGAACGCACUAAUGGUCAAUACUUAGAAGGCUUUGGAAAUGAUAUAUCAGCAGACAAAGAUGACGCCGAAAGGACUGGAACACGUCGAAAACAGCUUGCAAUGUUGGACCUCCUAAUAGCAGCAUCUCGCGACGGUUUCAUGACUGAUUUGGAUAUUAGGGAGCAAGUCGAUACUUUUAUAUUUGCGGGCCAUGAUACUACAGCAAAAGGUGUAUGUUUCACUUUGAUGCUAUUAGCGGAGCAUAAGAAUGUUCAGGAUCGUAUUAGGAACGAAAUCAAUACUGCAAUGCGAGAGAAUAAGGAGAAAUUUACUAUGGAAUUGUUGCAACAGCUACCAUAUUUAGAGAGAUGCAUUAAGGAAGCGUUACGUUUGUAUCCCAGCGCACCUAUUUUAUCACGUACUUCUGGAGAAGACAUAAAAUUACAGACAUAUUUAGUGCCUACUGGAACAGUCUUGGGCAUUAAUAUUUUCGGCGUUCAUAGAGAUCCCAAAUUUUGGCCAAAUCCAAAUACAUUUGAUCCAGAUAGAUUUUUGCCUGAGAACGCCCGAAAUCGUCACCCUUAUUCGUAUAUACCAUUCAGUGCUGGACCACGUAAUUGCAUCGGUCAACGAUUUGCUAUGCUUGAAUUGAAGGCGAUGAUAGCUUCUUUGAUACAUAACUUUUACUUGGAGCCUAUCGAUUAUUUAAAAAAUCUUCGGCUACAAGCAAAUUUCACUCUUUGCCCUACUCAUCCACUUCGUAUAAAAUUUGUGCCUGUUUACAAAAUUAAUGCAAAUAUAUGA